AAAACGUAUGUGUACAUUGUAUUUUAAAAAAUUAUAAAAUAUAAUAAUCAACGGUCAUAAUAGCACGAAUAUUUAGACACGACGCUGCUGGUGUAUCCGCAAUUGGUACAACUUCACGUUUGAAGCUAUGCGAAGCAUCGCAAGUUUAGGCACUAACGAAGUAUCGAUGCCGCGGAAAGGUGGCGCUUGUGCUUCUGCUAUUUCCGUAAUUCCGUAUCAGCUGAUAACAUAUGACGCGAAUGUGCGAAGGGCGACCACGGAUAUACGGUUAUACUCCGAAUACUCCGAUCGAAAUCCGACCAUUCCGAUUUUUUCUGUGUUCAUGAACGGUGCAUCCGGCAGGAGUCGUGUCCUUCGACAAGCCGAUUUUUUAUUGUUUUACUUUCUUCACAUAUGUCGGAUGAUUUUAUUUUGUACGAGAGAGAUACGUGUGAUAUAUUAAAUACAGCACGGUUAAUAUAUAGACGCGAUAAUCAAUAAGUUUAAUCAAUUUAAGUCAUAAUGGGCAGCCAAAAAACAGUACCGAACGGUGUCAAGUUCCUUAUUGGUGGAACUUCUGGUAUGGCAGCGACAUGUUUUGUACAGCCAUUGGAUUUAAUAAAGAAUCGCAUGCAGUUAAGCGGCACAAAAACAUCGACAUUAAUAGUUACAUCGGCAAUUCUGAAAAAUGAAGGUGCUUUAGCAUUAUACUCGGGCUUAUCUGCCGGUUUAAUGCGACAGGCCACGUAUACCACUACUAGACUUGGUAUAUAUACUUGGCUCAUGGAACUUUCUUCGAAAGAUACGCAACCAAGCUUUGUUGUGAAAGCACUGCUUGGUAUGGCUGCUGGAUGUGUCGGGGCAUUUGUAGGCACACCCGCUGAAGUAGCUUUAAUUAGGAUGACAGCAGACGGAAGACUGCCUAUUGCUGACAGGCGCAAUUACAAAAACGUAUUCGAUGCGUUAUUCCGCAUAAUUAGAGAGGAGGGUCUCUUUACGUUAUGGCGUGGCGCCAUUCCUACUAUGGGACGAGCUAUGGUUGUAAACGCGGCACAGUUGGCGUCGUACUCUCAGGCAAAACAGGCAUUGCUGGACACAGGAUAUUUUAAGGAAAAUAUCGUAUUACACUUUGCAAGCUCUAUGAUUUCUGGUUUAGUCACUACUGCUGCCUCUAUGCCGGUAGAUAUAGCUAAAACAAGAAUCCAAAACAUGAAAACAAUAAACGGCAAACCGGAGUUUACAGGCGCAAUUGAUGUCCUGACCAAAGUUAUAAGAAACGAAGGAUUGUUUGCAUUGUGGAAAGGAUUCUUCCCGUAUUACGCACGUCUAGGACCCCACACAGUUUUGACAUUUAUUUUCCUUGAGCAAAUGACUGCUGCUUACAAAACGCACUUGGCAUAAUUUUAAUUGUGCGCGCUUACAGAAAACUUCAUUGAUUUUUAUUAAUGGUUUAAGGAUCUUAUUCUCCCCUUGCUUUAUCGCGAAGCGACAUUUUCAGAAGCAUUAUUUUUACAAUAUACCCAUAUUGUAGCAUAAUUGUACCGUGGAAUACAUUACGCACACAGUUGCAAUAUUAUUUUGUGUAAAUAUAUACAGAAUUUACAAUUUAUCGAAUAAUAAAGCUAUUUAGCAGCUUUUAUAAAAUUGGUCAUGUUACUAAAAAAAUUGUUAAUUUCUGAAAAGUAUAUCCUUGUCUCUUAUAAUUCAAGAACGAUACAAAGAUAAAUUUUUUGACUCAAUGUAAGUAUAGUUUAUGCAUUUUAAAUGCUCUACCAUAUUUUGGUGCUCUACCAAUUUGGUUUAUGUGCAAUAUACGUUAAGAUAUUAUUUUAGAGAGAGAAAGACGUAUAUAUUCUAUGAAUAUAUGUACAAAUGUAGAGCUCGUCUGGUACGAAUACUCUUAUAGACAUGCCAUUUGACCCAGCCAUUUAGUGAUUGUUAUUCUCAAUGUUAUUUUGUAUAAAACUUGUUUUAUAUAGAAAUACCUUAGACAUUACAUCUUGUAUAAUGAGAUGCCGCUAUUGUUACUAUAAGGUACGAAAGUUGAACAGACGAAUUAAAGUAAUGUGUUAAAAUGCAUUAAAUAAGUAUUAAUAUGAAAAAUAUAUAAGUAAUAUUGUAUAUUACUGAAUUAACAAAGAUUUAGUAAUAAAAAGGUGUAUUUUGACUGUAUAA